AUGGAGAUGCAAUCCUAUUGCGCCAAACUCUUGGGGGAGUUGAACGAACAGCGGCAGAGGGACUUUUUCUGUGACUGCAGCAUCAUUGUGGAAGGGCGGAUCUUCAAGGCCCACAGGAACAUCUUGUUUGCCAACAGCGGCUAUUUCCGAGCCCUGCUCAUUCACUACAUCCAGGACAGCGGGCGGCACAGCACCGCCUCCUUGGACAUCGUCACCUCCGACGCCUUCUCCACCAUCUUAGACUUCCUCUAUUCUGGGAAGUUGGAUUUGUGUGGGGAGAACGUGAUUGAAGUUAUGUCGGCUGCCAGCUACCUGCAGAUGAACGACGUGGUGAACUUCUGCAAGACAUACAUCAGAUCAUCCCUAGACAUCUGCGGAAAGAUGGAGAAGGAGGCCGCUGUGGCCGCAGCGGUGGCAGCAGCGGCUCACCGGGUGGACAGUGGAAGCCCCAGCUCAGGCAGGGAAGGGACCUCCUGUGAGACCAAGAGCUUGAUCUCUCCAGCCGAGGGGGAAGAGAGUGUGGAUCGGCCAAGAGAGUCCCCCCGUGGUGACUGCAGAGGCUGCCACCCUCUGGCAGUGGUGGGGAAAGACAGCCAGGGCAGUGGCUCAGUGGACUGUGACCACUCCAUUCGACCCAAACAGAUGGAGCCCCAGGUGGAGUUCGAUGCCGAGGAAGUGGAGGUGGAGGUGGGUGGACAGCUGCAGCAGCGUACUGCCCAGCUGAGCCUGGCCCGCGGGGAGGAGGGUUUGCCCAGAGGCCAGGCGGUCGACUUGGCUUACAGUAACUACCAUGUGAAGCAAUUCCUGGAGGCGCUCCUGUGCCACAGUGCCGUCCAGAGCAAAGAGGACGCGGACCAGCACUUUUCUCGGAGUUUGGAGGGAAGAGCAGGUGGUGCAGAAGUAGCAGCCAUGAGUUCCAUGAUGGAUGUGCAGACUGACUGGUAUGGAGAGGACUCAGGUGGUGUGCUGGUGGUGCCCAUCAAGCUGCACAAGUGUCCUUUCUGCCCCUACACUGCCAAACAGAAGGGCAUCCUUAAGCGGCACAUCCGCUCACACACGGGGGAGCGGCCCUACCCCUGUGAGACCUGCGGCAAGAGGUUCACCCGCCAGGAGCAUCUGCGGGGCCACGCGCUCAGCGUCCAUAGGUCCAACCGUCCAAUUAUCUGCAAGGGCUGCAGAAGAACCUUCACAAGUCACCUGUCGCAGGGGCUGCGGCGCUUCGGGCUGUGUGACAGCUGCACCUGCGUUACAGACACACAUGAUGAUGAGGACGAACUGAUGCCCAUCAACCUUAGCCUGGUGGAGGCUUCGUCCGAGAGCCAAGAAAAGAGUGACACAGACAAUGACUGGCCAAUCUACGUGGAGUCUGGUGAGGAAAACGACCCCGGCAGAGAGGAUUUGGAUGAUAGACCCCAAAUUCAGCCCAGCUUAUCAGAUGGAGAGAUGCUUACGUAG